AUGGACGACGAGCGACCACCCAAACGACUCUUCUACGGAGACGUCGCGACGGGUUCUCGCCGCCAAGGAGGCCAGAUUCGCCGUUACAAGGAUACCCUGAAGUCCUCCCUGAAGCGCCUGCAAAUCAAGCUCACCAACUGGGAAGAGCUCGCACUCGAUCGACCGACCUGGAGGAGGACAGUGAAGACAGGCGCUGCGAUCUACGAAGCUAACCGCAUCGCUGCCGCCAAAGCGAAACGUGAAGCCCGCAAAUCACAACUUCGACCAGUACGCAACGCCGCCGCACAUCCGCUUCCAACGUGUCCUCGAUGUCAACGGACAUUCCGGGCUCGAAUCGGACUUGUUGGACAUCUUCGGAUCAACUGCGCCUCUCGAACGGCACCAACCAUCGUCCCCCCGCCCACCUCUUCCUCCUCCUCCUCUCCGCCGCCAACUAACUCUGACAAUUCUUCUGACCCACCACUUCCAUCAUCCUCCUCCUCCUCCUGCUCGCCCACUGCUCCAACGGCGGCCGCUCAGGCCACUGUCCCGCGCGCACCAACCGACACUACCACCACCUCCCCCGACUCCAGGGAUGAGGAUCAGGACUAA